UGCGUACAAUUCAACAGUACUUUCGGUGUCGCAAGUUGCGAAAUUUUGGAUCCCGAGCAGAAGUUACGCAAUAACAACAACCAUGGUUGAGUUAAAGUGGGCAGAAAAAUAUGAACUCAUCACUAGAAAUUUGGCUGAAUGGCUUGGUGAUGAAAAACUUAAAAGUAUUUUAAAAGAGCGAGAUUUAAAGCUUUAUUGGGGUACUGCUACAACUGGUAAACCUCAUAUUGGCUACUUUACACCAAUGUCUAAAAUAGCAGAUUUCUUAAGAGCUGGUGUAGAAGUUACUAUAUUAUUUGCUGAUCUUCAUGCCUACUUGGAUAACAUGAAAGCACCUUGGGAACUUUUAGAACUUCGCACUCAAUAUUAUGAAACUGUUAUUAAAGCAAUGCUUAGGUCUAUUGAUGUACCUUUAGAUAAGUUGAAAUUUGUUAAAGGAACAGAUUACCAAUUAUCUAAAGAAUAUACAUUAGAUUUAUAUCGUUUAGUUUCUGUUGUAACUGAGCAUGAUGCAAAAAAAGCAGGUGCUGAAGUAGUUAAACAAGUUGCAAACCCCUUACUCUCUGGAUUGUUGUAUCCAGGUUUGCAAGCUUUGGAUGAACAGUAUCUUGAAGUUGAUGCCCAAUUUGGUGGUGUAGAUCAAAGAAAGAUUUUUACCUUCUCAGAAAAAUAUUUGCCAAUGCUUGGUUAUGAAAAACGUAUCCAUUUAAUGAAUCCUAUGAUCCCUGGGUUGGCAGGAUCAAAAAUGUCUUCUUCUGAAGAAGACUCUAAGAUUGAUCUCUUAGAUAAUGCUGCAGCAGUUAAGAAAAAAUUAAAGAAAGCAUUUUGUGAGCCUGGUAAUGUUAAUGACAAUGGAGUUCUUGCAUUUGCUAAACAUGUAAUAUAUCCUUUAUUAAAAGAAGGAGAAACUUUUAAUAUAAAUAGAACUGCAGAAUUUGGUGGGGAUGUAUCAUAUGAUAAAUAUGAGGAUUUGGAAAAUGCAUUUGCUAAGGAAGAAAUACAUCCUGGAGAUUUGAAAAGUGCAGUUGAAAUUUAUAUUAAUAAAUUGUUAAAUCCAAUUAGAAAGGAAUUUGAAGCAGAUGCAGGAUUUAGAAGCUUAGCUACUAAAGCAUAUCGUCCACAAAAGCCAAAAGUUGUCGAAGAGUUAACACCCGCUCGAUUAGACAUUAGAGUUGGAAAAAUAGUUGAAGUGUCAAAACAUCCUGAUGCUGAUUCACUUUAUAUAGAGAAGAUAGAUCUUGGAGAACCUACUGGGCCACGCACAAUAAUUAGUGGUCUUGUAAAUUAUGUACCAUUAGAAGAAAUGCAAGAUAGAAUGGUAGUUAUCCUUGCCAAUUUGAAACCUGCAACUAUUAGAGGUGUCCAGUCUCAUGGAAUGGUUUUAUGUGCAUCAGUAGACGAACCAGAGAGACGAGUUGAACCCUUGAGACCUCCGUCGGAUAGUAAACCAGGUGAAAAAGUUGUUGUGGAGGGAUAUGAGGAUGGAGCACCAGAUGAUGUACUUAAUUCCAAAAAGAAAGUCUGGGAAAGAUUACAAGGCGAUCUUGUAGUAAAUGGCAAUAGAGAAGCGUCUUGGAGUGGAAAUGUUUUACUUACCACCAGUGGUGGAACAAUCACAGCUGAUAGCCUUAAAAACGUGGCAAUUAAAUAAUAUACCUCAGAUAUCUAGUUCGUUCGUACACAAGGAGAUCGUGGCCUUAGAGCAUGGAGAUUCUGUGGUUUUAACUGUGAGACACUGC